AUGGUUGCUGCAGGACUAAGGUCACCAGCAACAAUUUCGCCUGGCCACAAGAGCAAGUGUUUGCGGUCGGUUGGGGCGCGGAUAGACCGGGCCGUGGAGAAAGCGAUAAAGUUGAGCCAGCAUAGUUCAGCACCACAUUUUCAUCCGGCCGACUGCCAUUUUGAUGGUACAGGCAGCCUCGAAUUGCCUAAAUCCCCUGCUAAGUUAGAUAUCAUGGAAAGACAGAAGAAAACGGCAGACUGGAAUUUAUGGGUCAUUAUUCAGCCCAACUACGGCCCAAGCGACUGUGGACUCCGGGAGUUAAGGCGAAUUUAA